GGUCGCCUCUCAGGCCGCCCCCCGGGCCCCGCGUCCCCUCCCCCGCUGGCGGGGCCCGGACUAAAGAUGGUGCAGAAGAGAACAGCCGAACUUCAGGGCUUCCACCGUUCGUUCAAGGGGCAGAAUCCUUUUGAGCUGGCCUUCUCCUUGGACCCUGCCCAGCACGGGGACGCUGACUUCAGCCCACAGUGUGAGGUCCGGCCUGACAUGCCCUCCAGCCAGCCCAUCGACAUCCCGGAUGCCAAGAAGAGGAGCCGGAAAAAGAAGCGCUGUCGGGCGACUGACAGCUUCUCGGGCAGGUUCGAAGAUGUCUACCAGCUGCGGGAGGAUGUGCUGGGGGAAGGGGCCCAUGCCCGAGUGCAGACCUGUGUCAAUCUGAUCACCAACCAGGAGUAUGCUGUCAAGAUCAUCGAGAAGCAGCUGGACCACAUCCGCAGCAGGGUGUUCCGGGAGGUGGAGAUGCUUUACCAGUGCCAGGGGCACAGGAAUGUCCUAGAGCUGAUCGAGUUCUUUGAGGAAGAGGACCGCUUCUACCUGGUGUUUGAGAAGAUGCGAGGAGGGUCCAUCCUGAGCCACAUCCACAGAAGGCGCCACUUUAACGAGCUGGAGGCCAGCGUGGUGGUGCAGGACGUGGCCAGUGCCCUGGACUUCCUGCAUAACAAAGGCAUCGCCCACAGGGACCUAAAGCCAGAGAACAUUCUGUGUGAGCACCCCAACCAGGUCUCGCCGGUGAAGAUCUGCGACUUUGACCUGGGCAGUGGCAUCAAACUCAAUGGCGACUGCUCUCCCAUCUCCACGCCUGAGCUGCUCACCCCGUGUGGGUCAGCUGAGUACAUGGCCCCAGAGGUGGUGGAAGCCUUCAGUGAGGAGGCCAGCAUCUAUGACAAGCGCUGCGACCUGUGGAGCCUGGGCGUCAUCCUCUACAUCCUGCUCAGCGGCUACCCGCCCUUCGUGGGCCACUGUGGCAGUGACUGUGGCUGGGAUCGAGGAGAGGCCUGCCCAGCCUGCCAGAACAUGCUGUUUGAGAGCAUCCAGGAGGGGAAGUAUGAGUUCCCCGACAAGGACUGGGCCCAUAUCUCCUUCGCCGCCAAAGACCUCAUCUCCAAGCUGCUGGUCCGAGACGCCAAGCAGAGGCUGAGCGCUGCCCAAGUCCUGCAGCACCCGUGGGUGCAGGGGUGCGCCCCGGAGAACACCCUACCAACACCCUUGGUUCUGCAGAGGAACAGCUGUGCCAAAGACCUCACAUCCUUCGCGGCUGAGGCCAUUGCCAUGAACCGGCAGCUGGCCCAGUGUGAGGAGGACGCUGGGCAGGACCAGCCUGUGGUCAUCCGCGCUACCUCACGCUGCCUGCGGCUGUCCCCGCCCUCCCAGUCCAAGCUGGCCCAGCGGCGCCAGAGGGCCAGCCUGUCCGGCACCCCCGUGGUCCUUGUGGGGGACCGUGCGUGACCCCACCAGCCCCCUGUACAUACGCCCUGCCCUGCAGGGCCUGAAGGCUGGGCCCGGGGUGCCCGGGUCCUGCUGGGGUGUGGGUUGGCUCUGUUGGGAGGCGUUCUCUCUCUCUCCUGUCCUCAGCCCGGUCCUGCCUUUGGCUUUGUUUUGUUUGGUUUUCCUUUUACCACUAUUGAAAGCAAGUGCCCAGGAGGAGGGCGGAGGGUGCCGGCCACUGGCCCGCACCCCGCGAUGCUCGCCUGUCAACUGUGAAGGCCAUGCCGCCUGCGCCCCCACCUCCACUCCGGCUACUCCGCUGUCUUCCAGGGCUGGGGUCCCGCAGGGUCAGCACCCCGCACUCUCCCUGCCCCCCAGUGUUGUCAGGGACAGACAGGCUCUCCUGGGGAGCACAGUCCGCCAGAGCACCCUUGGAUCUGGGGCAUGGAACUCCACUGUCCUGGACAGAGUCCUCUGGGGGGCGGGUGGAUGGGGACAAUGCACCUGAUUGACCCCCAGUCCCCAUCCCUACCUGCCCCGUCCCUUGGAGGGUUGACAAUCAGAAUCUCCUCCAGGCCGCGUAGCUCUUGCUCCCAAUCCACUUGCCAGGGGCAGACGUGGAGGAGGACCCUGCAUCCAGCCAGCCCCACCAAGGCAGGAGAGGUGCUGGCCAAGGCCCACAUCAGCAGACGUGGGGUCCCCACGUGUCUCCCCACCCAGGGCACCUGAGUGCCCCCUCUCAGGGCUCAGCCUGACCACGGCCAUGUCCUGCCCUCGGCUGCCCUGGGUCUGGAGUUCAUGAGCUCUCCUGGCUGCUUCUGUUACCCAGAGCUGCAGUCGCACCCAGAGGUCCCUCACCUUCCCUCUGCCCCCAAGGGCAGUGACUUGGGUGUGCCUACCUUCAGGAAAGGGGCUGACGCUGCCUCGGCCUCCCGUGGGCAUCCAGGAGCGGCUGGGAAGGCACUGGGGUGGCGCUGCAGGCCCGGGCCUGGGGCUCUUUCCCGCCACCAGUUACUAUGCAAUAUGAGACCCCAUUUCCUCCUCGGGGCCCUGCCCUGCUGGUCGGGGGCGGCGUCAGGGGCCAGGCCACCCCGCCCUGCAACUGCUCAGGUGUCUCCAGGGCAGCCCCUGGCCUCAAAACUCCUUGGUCAAGAUUGUUCGUCAAGUUUAGUUUAGGCUCUUUUUUUUUUUUUUAAAGACAUAAUUUGACUUGCUUCCCUGUUAUUGAAGAGUACUUGAAUGUCGGGGGUCUGGUGGGCGGGGGCUUGGGACACCCACUGCCCAGCGCCCUCCUCCCUAGUCUCAUAGGGUCGUCACAGUGGGGGGUGACAUGCCUUCAGUCCUGCCCGCCUCUGGACACACUUCCAAAGACCCCCUGGAGGGUGGGGGGCUCCCGGGCGCCCCAGUUCUCGACCAUCAGCAUGAUUCAGCUGUUGGGCACUCGAGGACUCGCCCUGCAGGUUCUAGAAGCAACCUGACUGGACGGUGAGCAGUGUUGGUCCUUCCGUGCCAGACCUGGAAGACGGGUCAGACCCCUAACUGUGAAUGAGAAGAUCUGGGGCGGCCUGGCCACAAACCAUGCUGAAUUCUGUAAAGAGACCGUGUUUAGACGGGCAAGCACUUUCAGCGCCACCCACCGGGGAGAGACUGCUGCCGACCCCUGCCCACCAACUGUCAACGCCAGGAUUUUGUAUUCUGUUUUGUAAGGAUUUAAUAAAAGUUGAAAACUCUGCA